AUGUCUGGAGUUAUUGAAUCUGCCCCAGUUUUAUACGGUAAAAGCGGUGCAUCGUCUUCCAAGUCAUCUGAUAACCAAAAUGUUACAAUUGAGCCUCCUCCAGUCCCAUCCUUUAAAACUGUGGUGAGUUUUCUUAAUUUUUUCGUAUGUUUUAGUCGUGUGCAUGGAUUUAAAUUUUUAAAUCGGCUUUUCUAGGCCCUUCCUGCUGAUGUGGAACUUAUCCAGGCCAGAAGACAGGCCGCAGAAGCUCACAAAAAUUCUUACCUCGGUCAGGUAAUGAAAGGAGACAAGAAGAUGAAAAGAUUCGUUCGAACUGGUGGUGGGCAGACCUGGGAGGAUCCAUCUUUGGCUGAAUGGGAUCCAAAUGACUUCAGAAUCUUUUGUGGAGAUCUGGGAAAUGAAGUUUCAGAUGAAUUAUUGGCCAAGGCUUUCCGAAAAUAUCCGAGUUUCCAGAAAGCGAAGGUUGUCAGAGAUACAAGGACGAACAAGCCCAAGGGGUAUGGAUUUGUUUCGUUUAAACACCAAGAUGUAAGUUUGAGAGUUGGGGCAUCAAUUUGGAAAAUAACAACGACCAUGUUUGGUCGUGGUAAUUGCUAUUUCGUUAUGAACGUGUUUUCAGGAUUUUGUAAGAGCAAUGCGUGAGAUGGAUGGGAAGUACGUCGGUAACCGGCCAAUCAAAUUGCGAAAGAGCACAUGGAAGGAACGUAACCUUGAUUUAGUCCGCAAGAAGAACAAACAGAAGCAGAAACUCGGCCUUAUUUAA